AUGCGCACCAGCAAGCCGAGAGCGGUAGUUACGCCGAGGAGACAGCCCCGAGCAGAGUUAGCGGACGGAGCACCAACCGACGCCAAGCCGAGCACAGAGGAUCUUCCGGGAGUUACCAGCGAGAUCUCGCCCCUCGACGGAGGACCGAAGCAGUCGGCGGAGCUAGCAGAGAGCGGCGGAGCGGCUGAACCUGCAGCGAGCGGAGCAACAGUAGAACGCACGGCGAGCGGAGCGGCGCCUUCAAAACCAGCGCCAGCUAAAGCCUCGCCUCGACGCGGCCGACCACGCUUACCCUGCAUAGAGUACAGGCCGUGGAAACUACAUAAGAUCGAGCUGCCGCCUCCUCGCUUAACGAGACCGCCACGGAUAUUCAUCAGCCCAUGGGAUCUACGUGUAAGGCGCUUCACCAGCCCACGCUACAUCCAAGCGCGCCUGUUCUCACCGAUCUCUCCGUUGCCACCGUCACCGCGAUCUCCACCACGUACGGUACGGUGUCAAGCGACGCAGACUUCGACCACUGCAGUACGCACGCAAGGCACGCAAACCAGAGGCUGGACUACUAGCGAGUCGGACUCAGAGCCUGAACCGGAGUGCCCAUACGGCCCUAUCAGGGUGACCGUAACGGCCCCUCACAUAUCUUACCGAGAGCGCAAUCUAAGUUACCGCGCCUCUCGGUCGAUAUAUUUUUUGCCACGCGCCGCAAGGCGCACAAACUCGACCUAA